UCGCACAACCAUAAGCGCGAAUAAUCAUCUACAUACAGAGCAAAUUCAUGCAAACAUUGCUCCACAUCUCCAUUGAAAGCUCAGGGUCUCAUUCGUUGCUGUUUGGAACGGAGACUGCAGGUUUUGGCUACAGGAAUUCGUCGUCAAUUGUAGCCCUGAAGGAACGAUUUUAUUGCGUGAGAGAAAGCGAUUGCAGCGAGAAUGGUGAAUCAAGCAUUGGAGGCUAUGCCGAAGCUUAAGUUGAACACUGGCACAUGUAUUUCCGCCGUUGGGCUAGGAACCUGGCAGGCGGAUCCAGGCUUGGUUAAACAAGCUGUCAAGGAAGCUGUAAAAGUUGGGUACCGCCACAUCGACUGCGCCAAGGCUUACAAAAACGAGGACGAGGUGGGAGAAGCUUUGCAGGAGCUUUUCAAGGAAGGCGUUGUUAAGCGUGAAGACUUGUGGAUCACGUCGAAACUUUGGUGCACUGACCACAACCCUGCGGAUGUGGAGCCGGCAUUGGACGGGUCGAUUGAGCGUUUGCAAUGUGGCUACCUUGAUCUGUACCUGAUGCAUUGGCCGGUCGCCUUGAAGAAGGAUGCUCAAGGCACAGGUCCAGAUGACUUUGCUCCUCUCAAUGUCGCGGCGACAUGGGCAGCUAUGGAAAAGUGCUACGAGAAGGGGAAAGCGAAGGCUAUCGGAAUCAGUAACUUCUCUGUAGAGAAAACGAAGGACUUGUUGUCUAAAUGCAAAGUACGACCUGCUGUGAACCAGGUGGAAUGCCACCCUCUUUGGCAGCAGAAGAAGUUGUGGCCAUACUUAAAGUCCGAGGGCAUUCACUUGACAGCUUACUCUCCAAUCGGAUCCUCAAACAGUCCCUUCGCAACAAUUAACGUCUUAGAGCUUCCCACAGUCACGAAAUUGGCUGAGAAAUACAAAAGGUCUCCAUCACAGAUAGUUCUCCGAUGGAACAUCCAACAAGGUCAUAGCGUGCUGCCAAAGAGCACUCACGCUGAUCGGCUUGCGUCCAACAUUGAGAUCUUCGACUUCGAACUCAAUGAAGAAGAUCUCAAGGAAUUCGACAAAAUUGAGCAGCACCGCCUUCUCCUUGGAGACGACAUGUGGAUAAAUGACAAAACCAGUCCAUACAAGACGGUGGAGGAGCUCUGGGACGGAGACAUCUAAACCCAAUUUCUAUACAUAUGUUGAACUGCUAGCGUUCAACAUUGAAUAUGAUUUUCUAUACAUAAAAGACAAAUUUGUGCAGAAGCGUUGCGCCUUUCAGGCUGAUUCUAAGUAUAGUCUGUACAUAGAAGAGUAAAGAGAUCUCUGCGAAAUUUAUGAAGAAGUUUCACGUUAUCGUGUCAUUUUGCGUAUACAA